GACAGACCGAACAUAUAAGAAGGAAACCAGAGAUCUGGUGCUAUUACGUCCCCGAGUCUAAGGGAACAAAUAAGCACAGAAUUAAAAGCAUUCUUCAGCCUGAAAUUUUAAGGGGUGCACUUAGGAACUAGGCAAGCUGAUUUAUGAUAACUAAGUUUUAAACUCCAAGAACCAAAGGUGGUAAAAAUUAGAAGCUGCUGACAUUUCAAUAUGAAAGGCAACUUCACCCUUGCCGUCAUCAACAAAAACAUCAAUAGCAGUCUUCCCUUUGGACUUGUGAACAUCUCUGGCAAUGAGUCAACCUUUAACUGCUCACAUAAGCCAUCAGAUAAGCAUUUAGAUGCAAUUCCUGUUCUCUACUACAUUAUUUUUGUGAUUGGAUUUCUUGUCAAUACUAUUGUGGUCACACUGUUUUGUUGUCAAAAGGGCCCUAAAAAGGUUUCCAGCAUUUACAUCUUCAACCUGGCUGUGGCUGACCUACUGCUUCUGGCUACUCUUCCUCUUUGGGCAACCUAUUACUCUUACAGAUAUGACUGGCUUUUUGGACCUGUGAUGUGCAAAGUUUUUGGUUCUUUCCUGACCCUGAACAUGUUUGCAAGCAUUUUUUUUAUCACCUGCAUGAGUGUUGAUAGGUACCAAUCUGUCAUUUAUCCCUUUCUGUCUCAAAGAAGAAAUCCCUGGCAAGCAUCUUAUAUAGUUCCCCUUGUUUGGUGUAUGGCCUGUUUGUCCUCAUUGCCAACAUUUUAUUUUCGAGAUGUCAGAACCAUUGAAUAUUUAGGAGUGAAUGCUUGCAUUAUGGCUUUCCCACCUGAGAAAUAUGCCCAAUGGUCAGCUGGGAUUGCCUUAAUGAAAAAUAUCCUUGGUUUUGUUAUCCCUUUAAUAUUCAUAGCAACAUGCUAUUUUGGAAUCAGAAAACACUUACUGAAGACCAAUAGCUAUGGGAAGAACAGAAUAACUCGUGACCAAGUCCUGAAGAUGGCAGCUGCUGUUGUUCUGGCGUUCAUUAUCUGUUGGCUUCCCUUCCAUGUUCUGACUUUCCUGGAUGCUCUGGCCUGGAUGGGUGUCAUUAAUAGCUGUGAAGUUAUAGCAGUCAUUGACCUGGCACUUCCUUUUGCCAUCCUCCUGGGAUUCACUAACAGCUGCGUUAAUCCCUUUUUGUAUUGUUUUGUUGGAAACCGGUUCCAACAGAAGCUCCGCCGUGUGUUUAGGGUUCCAAUUACUUGGCUCCAAGGCAAGAGAGAGAGUGUGUCAUGCCACAAAAGCAGUUCCCUUAGAGAAAUGGAGACCUUUGUGUCUUAAACACGAGAAUGGAAUGCAUGUUAUCAUCAUGGCUACUUGGUUUGAGGUCCCCUUGAAUUAUCUUUUAAUGGCUUUAGCAAAAUACGUUUUUUUCCCCCCUUAAUGUAAUCUUUUCUCACUGGUCUCGAAUAGGAAAACAAAGGUAACUAUAAGUUUUAUUCUCCAGUGACUGUCAGGAAUUACCCCCCACCCCCUUUAUUUCUGGUCUGUCAAUACAAGACUGUCCUUGGGCAGA